AUGUCAGCCAGAAAGGGCUAUCUGCUCCCUUCGCCAAAUUAUCCCACAACAAUGUCAUGCUCCGAGAGCCCCGCCGCGAACUCCUUUUUGGUCGACUCGCUCAUCAGCUCCGGCAGAGGCGAGGCUGGCGGCGGUGGCAGCGGCGCGGGGGGCGGCAGCGGCGGCUACUACGCCCACGGCGGGGUCUACCUGCCGUCGGCCGCCGACCUGCCCUACGGGCUGCAGAGCUGCGGGCUCUUCCCGGCUCUGGGAGGCAAGCGUCAUGAGGCGGCGUCGCCGGGCGGCGGCGGUGGCAGCGGGGGCCUGGGUCCCGGGGCGCACGGCUACGCGCCCGCGCCUAUAGACCUGUGGCUGGAAGCGCCCCGGUCGUGCCGGAUGGAGCCGCCCGAAGGGCCGCCGCCGCCACAGCCCCAGCAGCAGCCGCCGCCCCCGCCGCAACCACCCCAGCCCCCGCCGCAGGCCACCUCGUGCUCUUUCGCGCAGAACAUCAAAGAGGAGAGCUCCUACUGCCUCUACGACUCGGCCGACAAAUGCCCCAAAGGCUCGUCCGCUGCUGCCGAGCUGGCCCCCUUCCCGCGGGGCCCGCCGCCCGACGGCUGCGCCCUGGGCACCUCCAGCGGGGUGCCAGUGCCCGGCUACUUCCGCCUCUCUCAGGCCUAUGGCACCGCCAAGGGCUACGGCAGCGGCGGCGGCGCGCAGCAGCUCGGCGCCGGCCCGUUUCCCGCUCAGCCCCCGGGGCGCGGCUUCGACCCGCCACCCGCGCUUGCCUCCGGUUCGGCAGAUGCAGCCCGGAAGGAGCGAGCCCUCGAUUCGCCGCCACCCCCCACGCUGGCUUGCGGUGGCGGCGGCGGGGGCUCGCAGGGCGACGAGGAGGCGCACGCGUCGUCCUCGGCUGCGGAGGAGCUCUCCCCGGCCCCUUCCGAAAGCAGCAAAACCUCGCCGGAGAAAGACUCCCUGGGCAAUUCCAAAGGCGAAAACGCAGCCAACUGGCUCACUGCAAAGAGCGGCCGGAAGAAGCGCUGCCCCUACACCAAGCACCAGACGCUGGAGCUGGAGAAGGAGUUUCUGUUCAACAUGUACCUUACUCGAGAGCGGCGCCUAGAGAUCAGCCGCAGCGUCCACCUCACGGACAGACAAGUUAAAAUCUGGUUUCAGAACCGCAGGAUGAAACUGAAGAAAAUGAACCGAGAAAACCGGAUCCGGGAGCUCACAGCCAACUUUAAUUUUUCCUGAUGAAGCUCCUGGCAAUGCGGUUCUUUUCGCUUCCAGAGAGCCGUUCUCCUCCCUCUGUCUUCGGCUCUGCCCAGGAACUCGCACCUGUGCCGGAGCCCCAUUCCUCCCUCCCACACUCGCCAUCUCGCUGGCCGUUACAUCUGUGCAGGGCUGGUUUGUUCUGACUUUUUGUUUCUUUGUUUGCUUGGUGCUGGUUUAUUUGUUGUUUUCUGGGGGAAAAAGCCAUAUCGCGCUAAAAUUCUAUAUAGAGAGAUAUUGUCCUAAGUGUAAAGUGGUGACUGGGAUGUUUGCUGUCUCGAGGUUCCACUGCUUGAAAUGGCCUCUGUCCUCCCGGUGGAGCUGGUUUCCCGCGGGGCCGGCAAACCUAGCCAAAGGCGGAGGUCCCAUUGUAGGCAGCUGAGGUGUCUGGCCUGAGGUCAAUGGUGCAAGGAGCCGCCGCCGAGCUUGGCUGCCUGGAGUGCUGGGCUGUGUUUAAUCAGGGGAUACAGGCCCCUGGGUUUCUUUUUUCUUUCUUCCUUUCUUCCUUGGCAAAGAGAAGGACUUGCAGGCAUGGACACACAGGUUGGCAAAAGGGCUUGACUUUGGCUGAUUGGCAAAAUUGAGAAAGUCAGGAGGAUUAAUUUUCCCUUCAUUUGUAAGAUAUCCCAGCUUUAAAAGAAGAAAAGAACGACCAGGAGAAGGAAACUUCUCUUCCAGUUUGUGUAAGGUCUUGCAUUGUAGGACUAAAUUAUUUCACUUACUCUGAAUUUCCAUGUCCUUCUGGCUGUAGAUAAUCAAAUGCAGUUUUGUUUAUACAUGCAGAUUUAGUGGUCUUUUUGGUCAUUAAAUAAUUGUUACCACUGGUAACACACAACAAGCACACCACAGUUCUUAUCUUGUGGAGGUUUUUUUCCCCCCAUUCCCCCCUUUUUUCUUUUCUUUCUAAAAUUCAUGGAAGCCAAGGAGGGCUGGGGCAAGCGGAAUUGACUAGAGAAGGGAGACAUUGUUGGGUUUCCUUUAUACUGUGAAGUUACAUGCAUAAAAGGGUCAAACCUGUAGGUGCAGAAAAAGAAAAAACUAUAAAAUACAAAUCUGUAUAAAUGUCUAUUAUUAUGAAAAGUUGCCAAUCUUGUUUUAUGCAAAUGCAUUCUAUUGUUAUUAUAAAUGUUAGUUCUAGCUCUAUUUACUUCUAAUCUUAAAUCAGAAUAAAUUAAUAUUGUAAUGCUGCUGUGCGUGGAAAAAAAAGACGAUGUUUAUGUUCUUAUAGAAGAAUAAAAGCUGUGGAAUGAA